AUGGUCUCCUCGACAUCGACUAGUACUGCUACAUCAAAACCAGUAUCUACAGCUGACCAAAUUGCAAGCAAGGCAAAUGAACGAAAUAAUGCUACUGCUAAUGAUAUUCCACCGCCUCCACCUCCACCACCCAUGCUAGGACAAACCGUUCCAGCUCGAUCAACAAGUGCUAGUACUACAGCAACAAAUAUAGAUCCAAGUAUACCUCCGCCACCGCCACCUCCGCCACCACCAGGUGGAAGUUCAAUUCCUGCGCCACCUCCACCUCCACCAAUGCAAUCAUCCACAUCAUCAACAACAGCAGCUCCUCCACCGCCACCUCCCCCUCCUCCCCCUCCUCCUGGUGGACCUGCUCCACCACCACCACCACCAGGUGCACCCAUGCGAAAAAUGUUACGAUAUUAUCCAGAUGUUAAAUCGCGUGCACUUCAAUGGACUAAAAUGCAACAUCAAGUGGUUGGAAAAACAGUUUGGAGUGAUGAUGUUAUUGAUGAAGACGCAUUAGAAGAUGAAAUGAAUGAUCUUGGUGUAUUUAAUUCUGUCCAAGAAUUAUUUGCUCAAAAACAAAUCCAACAUAAAAAGCGUGUUUUGGAAACCAAAAAACAAGAAAUUUUCAUUUUGGAUCCUAAAAAGAUUAAUAGUAUUAAUAUUUCUAUUUUGGCAAAACUUAAACAUGUUCCAUUCCCUACGGUUGUAAAGAAAAUAUAUGCUGUAGAAGAUCCUAUAUUUACUGAAAAUCUUCUUAAGAGUUUACAAGAAAAUGUACCAACACUAGAUGAAUUGGGCAAAUUGUCUGUCUUUGUCAAGGGUGCAUCUGAAGAAGAUUUGGAGUCAUUAUCUCGUCCUGAUACAUUCUCCUAUGAGAAUGGUACCUGA